GGCAGUCCGCAGGAGGAAGAACAGCUGCACAAACAUAGGCAUUUUCUGAGGUCUGAGCGGAUUUCUGUGGUCGACGCCUGGGCCCCCUGGCGGCGCCUCUGGCGCCUCCCCUGGCGCGCUCCGCGCGCGCUAGCGAGGGGAGCGCCCAGCGCAGAUCCAAGCCGCAAGCCGCGCGGGCCUCCGACAGUGCGUGUCUACAGUCAGGCUGCCGAACUCGGGAACAGAGCCUUCGUAUUUCCCCAGAAGCGCCCGCGUGCCAUGGACGGACCGAAGGAGCAUCGAGCCCCUUUCGGACCCAAACUGUUCGUUCUUUUCCACCACCCAUCAGACCACCCCGACCCAACCCGAAGGCCCCAAUUUGCCCUCCAUGUCCAGUGGGGGGGGGCGUUGGGGAACAAUGCAACAACACAGACGGAGCCCGCACCCCCCCAUCCCGAAAUUCGCCUCGUCGGGUCGGGUUGGGGUGUUCUGGCAGGCAGUCAAUCUCAGCGUCCCGGCUGCACGCAGGAUCCCAAGAUUUUCAUCUUCGCGAGCCCCGCCCUCCACCAGGCACGCGGCGGCGCCUGCGGCUGGGGGCGGCGGGCUACACCUCGCUGCUGGACGCGUGCACGCGGGCUGGUAGGGGCCAGCAGGGCGAGCGCUGGGCGCUCGCCAUGUUCCGCGCGGGCCUCGCCGCCGACGGGCCGCUCUGCGUGGCGCUGUUGGGGGCGUGCGCUCGCCGCGGCGACGCGCUGCGCGCCGAGGCGUGGCUGCGGCGGCUGGCCGCGGCGGCGGGCACCGCGGAGCUCGGCACCCGCGGCUUCACGGCGGUCAUCGGGGCCUUGAUGAACGUCGGGGACGCCGACCGUGCGCACGGCUGGCUGCGGGAGAUGGAGGCCAGCGGCGUCCAGCCCGACGUCGUCAGCUACACCGCCGUGGUGCAGGCGCACCUCAAGGCGGGGCGCGCGGCGGAGGCGGAGGCCCUGCUGCACCGCAUGCGCGCGGAGGGCCCCCGCCCCAAUGCGCUGAGCUACGGCCUCGUGCUCGGCGCCCUCGCCGAGAGGUGUGACGGCGCAGCGGCGGAGAGGUGGUACGCGGCCAUGCUGGCAGAUAUCGGGCUCCCCGACACGGUGGCGCACAACGCCGUGCUCGCCGCCUGCGCGCGGGCCGCCGACGCCGCCCGCGUCGAGCUCUGGCUGGGGAGGACGAUGCCCGUCGGGCGGCUCCGCCCGGACGAGGUCACCUAUACCGGCAACACUGUCCUGGAUGCGUACGCCCGCGGCGGCAGUGGAGAGGAGGUGGAGGCGCGGUUCCUGCAGCUGACGGCUGGCGCCGAGCCCUGGGUGUCCGCGAGGACGUUCGCGAUCCGCAUGAGGCCCUGGGCCUACGCUGGCGACAGCGCGCGCGUGGAGCAGCAGUGGCGCGAGAUGGAGGCGCUGGGCGUGCGGCCAGAGGCGUGCAACAUGUGGGCCCUGCUCACGGCGCUGGCCCGCGCGCGGCCGCCGCGGGCCGAGGCUGCGGCGCGCCGGUACCAGGAGAGUGGGCGGCCGCAGGCGGCGAGACGGACCACCACGUCCUGCGCGCGCUGAGGCGGGCCCUGGGCGACGCCGCCCCCGCGCCGCGCCGCGCUGUGGCGCGGCGCGGCGAGGGCUGACCCGAGGCGAA